GAAUUGGCCAAACUGAAUCAUGACCGAGAAGCUUUUCUCGAUUUAUCAGAAAAGUACAAUAACAUGAAGAACGAGUGUCAGUCUCAUUUGAGAAUCAUUGAUAAUCUGAAACUCAACAUUACAAGUCUGGAAGGAAUAACAGAGAUUGUGAAGGAUUUGGAAAACAAGAACAAUUCUCUAUUUUUGGAGUGUGAAAAGAAAGGUCUACUGAACAAUGAACUUAAAUUACAAGUGGAAGAGAAGACCAAGCUUAUUGUCAAACUAACUGAGAAACUUGAGAGAUCUACUGAGAGAUGCAAACAACUCGAGGAUCAAUUGAGAAAUAUUCUGAAUGAGAACAAUGCUUGAAAAGUUGUAAUACCAGCUUUAAUGGACAGAAAGGGGAUUACAAUCGUGAAACGGAAUCGGUUGGAGCAUCAAAGAAUUUCCAAAUUACUGAAAAAUGUCAAGCAAAUGAGACUGAUAGUCAAAAAGAACAUCUACUCAUAAAUGAGAAGAAUACUUUGCUGGCUCAAAUCCAAGAAGCUGACAAAAAUUUGCGAAAGUAUCAGCAUGAACUGGAAAUUUCAAAAGAUCAAAUCCGGAAGCUGAAAUCUCUGCUAACUGAGAAUAAAAGGCAUUACAAGGAGGAGUUGGAGAAACUUUCAAUGAACUGCGAGAAAAUUGCCUUUGAGAAUUUGAGCAAAGAUAUCCAAAUAGAGUUGUUGAGAAGUACAAUUCAGACACCCAAGAAUAGAGGGCGCUCCAACUCUGAGGACCAAACAAAUGGAAAAAUCCUGGUGAAUUCUCCAAAAGUUAAAGUACACUCAAGAGACGGUUCUACAAAGAGCAGUGAUCCAGACUCCUCCACCAAAAACGAAUCAGAGUCCAACAAAGUGUUGAAUAGAAAAGGAUCUAACAAUGAGAUAGACAAGAAUAAACAACAACAAAUCAACAAGGAGGAAACAAGAGCGAAGAUAACAACUGGAAACAAAAUAGCUGAGAAUGAUCAAGAGGCUGUGGAGAAUGAAACGGAUUUGGAGGUGAAUGAAACAGAUAUCAAGAAGGAGGUAAUUGAAGGAAUAGACAAGGAUGGGGAAAAGGAUUUUGAAAAGGAUGAAGAGGUGACGAUCAAGGAGAAAAUGGAAAAGAUAGAAAUGAUAAAGGAGGAAUUGAACGAGAUACUCAGAGAGAUGCCAAUAGGAGUAGACCAGGGGGGAAUGAAAGAAGUGGAUAAAGAGGUAGUGGGGAUAGAGGAAGAGAAGAAAAUUAAUGAGGAUGAGAGAGGGUUGGAAAUAAACGAGAGAAAGAGAGAAGAGUUGAAGGAUGAAGAACAAAGAAGAAGUGUGGGAGUAAUGACAGAGAGUGAUGAAAAAGUUGGAAAAUCUUCAGGUGCAGAAGAGCUGCUCAGAAAUCUAAUUUCAAGGCUUCCACUACCGAAAGAAAAGGGAAAAAUUGGGAAUUUCGACAAAAAAUUCAAAAGCAUCGAUGAUCUGCGACGUUUACAGGGAAAAGCCGGUCAAAUGACCGAACAAAACGUCCGCGAUAUUUUGAUUGAGGUUAAAAAAUUCUACGCGAUUACAAUCGCGGAUAUGCAGAAAAAUUUCAAAACAGAAUUUGACAAGUUGUCGGUGGGGCACGAGGUAGCCUUGUCCAAGAUGAGGAUGCAGCAUCAGGAGAAAAUUUUGGUGUUGAAGAGAGAGCACAAGGAGAGGGUGGAUAAAAUUUUGGCCGCUCAUGAGGAGGAAAUUAAGAAGAUAAAUACACAGCAACAGCUGGCUCAAAGUGGGAAUAGGUCUAGUAAAGGGUUGAGGAAGAAAUGAGGCUUGCGAAAUCAAAUUUUGAAGGAAAUUUUGGUUUGAGAAGAUAAAUAUAUUGAGGCUUGAAAGAACAAAAUUUAUUUUUAAGAGCAUUAUAGGUUCAAAAAUGAAAAUAAUGAGGCUUGAGAGAUCAAAAUUGAGUUCAAGGAAAAUAUUGGUUUGAAAAUGAAAUAAGGUUUGAAAAAUCUAAAUUGUAUCAAUAUAAAAAAUGCAGGAAGAAUGGUUCCUUGUAGAAAUUUAGAGUUGUAAAUCAUGGGAACCAUGACAAAAUGAGGGAACAAUAUUUGUUUUCAAAACUAGGAUACGAGAAAUGUUCGAGUGCUCAUAAAUCAUAAUUAAAAAAAAAAUGCAGGAAGUAUUGUUUAUUGUAGAUUUUUGUAGCCUAGUUGUGAAUAAUAGGAAUGGAGUGAUAUGUGAGAGAAAAGAUUUUUCGAAAAUUUGGAUGUUGUUUAGGAUUCCUGAUCAAGGAAGAUUCGAUUAUGGAAUUUGAGCCAAAUUUUUAGAUCAAUAUUUAGAGUUAUAUAGAAUGUGGAAGCAUUAUUUUUCCAAUAUAAACACAUAGUCUAUGUGUGAAAAGAUCUGAAAUUGAUGGUGUAUCUUAUGAGUUUUGAUAUGAGGAGAGCAAAGGAAAUAGAGUUAAUAUAUGAGUGUUUUGAGUAGGUGAUAACUCUGUUAAUGACGUUUUGAAACUGAGAAUAUUUCUUAAUUUGAUUGUAUAUUAUUAAAAAUGAAAUUCUGAACACUAAAAUUUAGAACUUUUCGUACUAUUGUCAAUAUUGGUGUCAAUAAAAUUUCAAUUCAUUCAAA